AUGAAAGCGGUUGUGCUAGCCCUGACUCUGGCCUUUGUGGCUGGACAAAAUCCUAAUUUUGCCCCUGAAUUUGCUGCCGGUAAGACCUACGUCUAUAAGUAUGUAGCGUCAAUCCUGGGUGGCCUUCCUGAGGAAGGUUUGGCCAGAGCUGGACUGAACAUCAGCACCAAGGUGUUAAUCAGUGCAGCUGAUCAUAAUACUUACAUCCUGAAGCUUUUGGAACCUGAGCUCUCUGAGUACAGUGGCAUUUGGCCAAAGGACCCAGCAGUGCCAGCAACCAAGUUAACGGCAGCCCUUGCACCUCAGCUUGCGAUUCCAAUCAAGUUUGAAUAUUCCAGCGGUGUUGUUGGAAAGAUAUUUGCUCCUGAAGGAAUCUCGACAUUGGUGCUGAACAUCCACAGAGGCAUCUUGAACAUCCUUCAGCUCAACAUUAAGAAGACCCACAAAGUCUAUGACUUGCAGGAGGUUGGAACUCAAGGUGUAUGCAAGACUCUCUAUUCCAUCAGUGAAGAUGCACGCAUUGAGAACAUCCUUCUAACCAAGACCAGGGAUUUGAACAACUGCCAGGAAAGACUCAUGAAGGACAUUGGGUUGGCAUAUACUGAGAAGUGUGUCAAAUGCCAGGAGGAAACCAAAAACCUGAGAGGCACCACUACUUUCAGUUACAUCUUGAAACCAGUUGCUAGUGGUGUCAUGAUCCUGAAGGCAGCCGUUAAUGAGCUGAUUCAAUUUUCACCUUUCUCUGAGGCUAACGGAGCUGCUCAAAUGAGGACCAAGCAGUCCUUGGAAUUCCUUGAGCUCCAGAAAGACCCCAUUCCAUCUAUCAAGGCUGAAUAUCGUGAACGUGGAUCUCUCAAAUACGAGUUCUCCAGCGAGCUUCUUCACACUCCCCUUCAGCUUAUCAAGAUCAGCAAUGCACAGGCCCAGGUUGGAGAGGUUCUGAAUAACCUGGCUACCCACAAUGUGGAGAAUGUUCAUGAAAAUGCACCUCUGAAGUUUUUGGAACUGGUACAGCUCCUCCGUGUUGCCCGCUAUGAAGAUUUGGAAAUGUACUGGAACCAGUACAAGAAGAUGUCCCCCCACAGACACUGGUUCCUGGAUACCAUCCCUGCUACUGGUACUCGUGCUGCUCUUAGAUUCAUCAAGGAGAAACUCAUGUCUGAGGAAAUCAGUGUUGCUGAGGCAGCUCAGGCUUUGGUUGCAGCUGUGCACAUGGUGACUGCUGACCCUGAGGUCAUCAAGAUGUUUGAGAACAUGAUAGCCAGCAACAAAGUAGUUGAAAACCCAGUUCUGCGUGAAGUGGUCUUCCUUGGAUAUGGUACCAUGGUUAACAAAUACUGCAAUAAGACAGUUGCUUGCCCAGUUGAACUCAUAAAGCCCAUUCAAAACAGGCUUUCAGAAGCUAUUUCAAAGAACGAGAUAGAGAACAUCACCCUGUACAUCAAGGUUUUGGGGAAUGCUGGACACCCUUCCAGCUUCAAGUCACUCACCAAGCUCAUGCCCAUUCAUGGCACUGCUGCUUCAUCUCUGCCAAUGAGAGUUCAUGUUGAAGCCAUCAUGGCUCUGAAGAACAUUGCAAAGAAAGAGCCUAAACUGGUUCAGGAACUAGCUCUCCAGCUCUACAUGGACAAGGCUCUCCACCCUGAGCUGCGUAUGCUUUCCUGCAUUGUUCUCUUUGAGACAAGCCCCUCCAUGGGUUUGGUGACCACUCUUGCCAACUCUGUAAAAUCAGAGGAGAAUUUGCAGGUUGCCAGCUUCACCUAUUCUCACAUGAAGUCCCUUAGUAGAAGCCCUGCAACCAUUCAUCCUGAUGUUGCCGCCGCUUGCAGCGUUGCAAUGAAGAUCCUGAGUCCAAAGCUGGAUAGACUGAGCCUGCGUUAUAGCAAAGCUGUACACGUGGACAUCUACAACAGCUCCCUGAUGCUCGGUGCUGCUGCAACUGCUUUUUACAUCAACGAUGCUGCCACCUUUUUGCCAAAAACUGUUGUUGCAAAGACCAGGGCCUUCCUCGCUGGAGGCACUGCAGAAGCCUUGGAGAUCGGAGCAAAUAUUGAAGGACUGCAGGAGCUGAUUAUGAAAAAUCCUUCUCUUUCUGAAAGUACUGACAGGAUCACCAAAAUGAAGCGUGUCCUUAAGGCUCUGUCAGAAUGGAGAUCUUUGCCUACCAGUAAACCCCUUGCUUCUAUGUAUGUUAAGUUCUUUGGACAAGAGAUUGCCUUCGCCAACAUUGACAAACCUAUGAUUGACCAGGCUGUUGAGUAUGCAAAGAAUUUACCAAUUCAGGAAUAUGGAAGAGAAGCUCUUAAGGCUCUCCUCCUCUCUGGCAUCAACUUCCACUAUUCUAAGCCUGUGCUGGCUGCUGAGGUGCGACGCAUUCUUCCUACUGCUGCUGGUCUUCCAAUGGAACUCAGUCUGUACAGCGCUGCUGUUGCUGCAGCCUCUCUUGAAAUCAAGCCCAGCACAUCACCACGUCUGCCUGAAGAUUUCCCCCUCAAGAGUCUCCUGGAGACAGACAUCCAGCUCCAGGCUGAGAUCAGACCAAGUGUUGCCAUGAACACAUAUGCAGUUAUGGGCCUUAAUACCGAGAUUCUGCAGGCUGCUCUGGUAGCAAGCGCUAAAGUCCACUCUGUUAUGCCAGCGAAAAUUGCAGCAAAACUCAAUAUCAAAGAGGGUGACUUCAAGCUUGAAGCUCUUCCUGUUGAUGUCCCUGAAAACAUCACAGCUCUAAAUAUUACAACCUUUGCUGUGGCACGAAACAUUGAGGAACCUGCUGUUGAAAGAAUCACUCCUCUCCUCCCCACCAAAAUCUUGCAAUCCAUCUCAAACAAGAUUAUCUCAUCCAAGGCUGCUUCCUCUGCUAAUAGCAUGUCAGCAUCAUCAGAGCUCCUUCCUGUGGAAGAAUCAGUACCAAGGGUUCCUGAACACAAAAUUCGUCCAUUUGCCAAGAGGUACUGUGCUAAGCACAUUGGCGUUGGACUGAAGGCUUGUUUCAAGUUUGCCAGUGAAAGUGCUGCAUCUAUCCAAAACAUUGUCCUCUACAAACUGGCUGGCAGCCACAAUUUCUCUUUCUCUGUGACACCAAUUGAAGGCGAAGUUGUUGAGAGAUUGGAAAUGGAGGUUAAGGUAGGAGCAAAGGCUGCAGAGAAGCUUGUUAAACGCAUUAACCUGAAUGAAGAGGAAACCGUUGAGGAAGGAGGAUCAGUCCUGGUGAAACUCAACAAGAUCCUGUCUUCAAGACGGAACCGCUCCUCAUCUUCCUCCUCUAGCUCCAGCAGCUCCUCUUCCAGACUUUCCUCAAGGUCCUCAUCUUCCUCCUCCAGCUCUUCAUCUCGCUCUGCCCGUAAGAUCAAUCUUGCAGCCGGUAAAUACAACAGCAGCAGGACCAAUAGCAGCAGCAGUAGCAGCAGCAGCAGUUCCAAACGCAGCAGCAGCAGCAGUAGCAGCAGCAGCAGCAGCAGCAGGAGUGUCCGCAGUAGCAGCAGCAGCAGCAGUAGCAGGAGUGUCCGCAGCAGCAAGAGCAGCAGCAGCAGUAGCAGCAGCAGGAGCAGCAGAAGAGUUGGUUCCUCAAGAUCAAGCAGCAGCUCAGCAAGGACCAGCUCUGCAUCAAGCCUUGCAUCCCUCUUCAGUGGCAGCUCAAGCUCAAGCUCAUCCAGCUCCAGUUCUCGUCGCUCAAAGCAAGUAAUUGAGAAGUUCCAGAAGCUACACAAGAAACAGCUCGGCUCCAGAGCAAGUUCCAGAAGCAGGAGCAGUGCUUCCAGCCUUGAAGCCAUUUACAAACAGAAGACAUAUCUUGGAGAGGAGGAAGCUGUCUUGGCAUUGAUCUUCCGUGCUGUCAAAGCCAACAAGAGGGUGGUGGGAUACCAACUUGCUGCCUACCUGGACAAACCAAAUGCCAGACUUCAGAUCGUUGUCGCCAAUCUGUCUUCUGAGAGCAACUGGAAGUUCUGUGCUGAUGGAGUUGUGCUGAGCAAGCACAAAGUUACAACUAAGAUUUCCUGGGGAGAACAAGGCAAGAAAUACAGCACCAAUGUUACAGCAGAGACUGGUCUUGUUUCUUCAAGUCCUGCAGCUCGCCUCAGAGCAUCCUGGGAAAGACUGCCUUCUGCCCUGAAACGCUAUGGAAAGAUGGUUAACAAAUACGUUCCUUCUAGAAUAUUGUAUGACUUGAUUCACACAAAGAGCAACACCACAAGGAAUAUCUCAGUCAUUGCAGUUGCAGCUUCUGAAAAGACAGUUGACUUCAUUGCAAGAACUCCAAUGAACACUUCCUACAAUGUCACUGUGCGCCUUCCAAUGUCUAUGCCCAUCAAUGAGCUUAAGGGUCUAAGCCCCUUUGAAGAAGUCCUUGACAGAAUCCACUUCAUGGUUUCCAAGGCUGUCGCAGCUGAAUGCAGUUUCUUCGAAGACACACUCUACACAUUCAACAACAGGAGUUUCAAGAACAUGAUGCCCUCCUCCUGCUAUCAGGUUGUGGCACAGGAUUGCACCAAUGAGCUGAAGUUUAUUGUUCUCUUGAGGAAAGAUUCGUCAGAACAACACCAUAUCAAUGUCAAGAUUUCUGAGAUAGAUAUUGACUUGUAUCCAAAAGACAACAAUGUCACUGUGAAGGUCAACGAAAUGGAAAUUCCCCACAGCAACCUGCCUUACCGCCACCCAACAGGUUCCAUUGAGAUCAGACAAAGUGGACAGGGUAUUGCUGUUUAUGCACCUAGCCAUGGUCUCCAAGAAGUCUACUUUGACAGGAAGACAUGGAAGAUCAAGGUUGCUGACUGGAUGAAAGGAAAGACCUGUGGACUCUGUGGAAAAGGUGAUGGAGAAAUCAGACAAGAGUACCGCACUCCCAACGGACGCGUGGCUAAGAACUCAGUCAGCUUUGCCCACUCCUGGAUUCUGCCUGCUGAAAGCUGCAGGGAUGCGUCUGAGUGCCGUCUGAAGCUGGAAUCUGUGCAGCUGGAAAAACAGUUGACCAUUCAUGGUGACGAAUCUACAUGCUUGUCUGUGGAGCCCGUUCCUCGCUGUCUGCCAGGAUGCAUGCCAAUCAAGACCACCCCUGUCACUGUUGGUUUCAGCUGUCUGCAAUCUGAUUCUCAGAGCAGUGUUUUUGACAGAAGUGUGGAUUUGAAACAAACUACCCAGGCUCACCUGGCAUGCAACUGCAACGCCAGGUGCUCUUAAAUACGGCAUUUCUUUUAAGUCUCUACUUUGUGUAUGUUUCAUGUGUAACAAUA